AUGUAUAAUUCAAGAUCUUUAUGUAAAAUUUAACAACUAUCCUUACUAGACUAAUAAGUGUCUCCAAGCAGUGGAAGAAUCUAGAAGAUAUCAGAAAAACUAUCAACCAUAUAAAUAGGAGUAGAGAACGAGAGAUUCUAAAAACUUGAAUAAGCUGAAUAAAGAAUCCAAUAAGCCGAAGAUGCAUUUAAUGAAUUUUAAGAAUAAAUCUUUACUAAACUCAAUGGACUUAGAGAUCAAGUAUUAUUUUAUCUCAUGUAUCAGUUAGGAAAAUUACAAAAAUAAGUUGAAGAAGAUAAAUUAGCAAAAGAAUAAGCNAUUUUAUAGUAUCAUAAAAGGAGAGUAAUAGGAAUUCAAGCUAAUUUGAAGGAGAAAUAGAUUAAUGGGCUUAGAAAACAAUUAUUAUAAAAAAAUAAAAAAUUGUUAAGUAAAUGAAAUCAGUAUCAGCCCCUAAAAAUAAUUAUCAGAGAACUUUGAAUAACAGCUUUAGCACGCCUGACAAGAAAAUAAAUAAAGUAUGCGUAUGAAAUAUAUAAGAGUAGGUUAAAUACUCAAUCAACUUUGAAGCUGAGCGGUGAAAUGAUGUCCGUUUAAAGUUAUUUAUAUGAGUAGGCUCAUUUAAAGGAAGAGGCUUCAAAGAAAGAGAUUGUGAGGUAAAUCAGAUCUGUGAUUGACAAUCUUGAGAAGAAUAAAAGCUUUAAGUAGUUAAAUUAAUAACUCUCAAAAUUGAUAGUAGGAUUAAGGACAUGCAUUCAUUAAUAGGAAGUAUCAAGCUAUAUCAUUUAAUUAAUCUAAAUUAUGAGAGAAAUCACGAAUAAUCAUUAAAACCAAAAAUAAAAUCUGUAUGAUAAGGAUAAAGCAAUUUUGAUGUAAAGAAUUCAUGAGUUAGAAUAACAGGCAAAAGAAAAUUAAUUUUAAUUGGGUAUGUAUUUGUAUAGAAACGGUUAGAAUUACAGAUGCAAAGGAAUGAAGCAGAGGAGAGGAUUAAGAAUUAUGAAGUUCAAUUAGAGUAAAUAAAACAGAUAAAAAAUUAAAACCAAAAUUAACCUAAAAAAUAGUAAACAAAUACGAAAGAAAAGAUGGAACUAAAAAACCAAAUAAAAUUGAUGCAAACUAAAAUAUAGACACUUUCUGAGAAGGAGAAGAAAUUAAUCUAAUUAGUAAAAGCAGUAAAAUCCAGAGGGAUUGAUGUUGAGCAUAUCUAUAAAAAUAUCAAUUAGGUUUCAAGCAGAAAUAGUAAUACUACAAAUAAAGAGGAUAAGGAAGAGUUUAUUGAUAGUUCGAAUUCUGAUUUCGCAGACAUUUCUCAAUUUGAUAUUGGUUAGAGUAGUAUUAAAAGGAACAAAAAAUUCUUAUUAGAUUGA